AUGGCUUCCACCACUCUUCUCCGAACCCUCGCCCGCGGCCCCUCUGCCAGCAUCUUCCGCGCAAGCCGGCCCGUUGCCUCCAGCCGUGCUGGUGCCAUCGCUCCCAUUGCUGCCUCCAGAUUCAACUUCAGCACAACCGUUGCCCGCCGCAGCGACCCUCACGCCGAGGAGACCUUUGAGGAGUUCACUGCCAGAUACGAGAAGGAGUUUGAGGCCGUACAAGAUGUUUUCGAGCUGCAGCGCAACCUGAACAACGCUUUCGCCUACGAUCUCGUUCCCUCUCCUUCCGUCGUCGUCGCCGCCCUCAAGGCUGCCCGCCGUGUCAACGACUUCCCCACUGCUGUCCGUAUCUUCGAGGGCAUCAAGGCCAAGGUUGAGAACAAGGGUCAGUACGAGCAGUACCUGGCAGAGCUCAAGCCUCUGCGCGAGGAGCUCGGCAUCCUCCUCAAGGAGGACCUCUACCCUGAGGAGUCCAAAUAA